CUGCGAUAAAUUAAACACGCAGUAAUCAUGACCUGUCGGGACAUAAUCUAGUAACAAAACUGUUUGUGAUAUGGACUAAGAUUAUCAGAGUUAAGUUUAUGUAGCGUUAAUCAGAGUUUGUGUAACUAGCGCCUCACUCAACAAGUGACAAGAAAAUUGUCUGGGAUCAGUCCUUUGCUGUGAUUGGCUGUGUAGACAAUGGGUUGUCUGUAUCUCGAAUAUGAUUGGUCAAGGAAUCACUUGCGCGCGCUGACCUUGCCCAAGGACAUAAAAACGCCGUGUUAGCGGGUAGAUUCAAACCUGUUCCCCGACGCGUUAUGACAUGUGGCCUGGCGGAAGAAAACGGCGACCCCCAAACGACGGAGGUCACCAAGACGCCAAGAGAACUCGUCGGGAAGUCUUGCGAGAGCUAGACUUGGAAAACAUAGACUGGGAUGUGGAUGUACAAGAGGGUGAAACAGUCGAGCAGAGCGAAGAUGAAGUGCGGUGGAGUCAAGAUAAGAGCGAGGGGCCGUGGCUAACACCGGUACAGGCCGGGGCAUCCCGCGACUCUGCGCCCCCACCAGAGGAACAACGUUCCCAGACACACUCAAGGCCUUCUACCGCCCCCGCCGCCGUCGCCGCGGCACCUCAACACCCCGACCCGCCGGCUUUAUCGAGGCGACCUGCCGACAACGCAUCCCGACACCCCGACCCAACGCAUCCAUCGGGACAACCGGCCGCUGCUACACCGCUAACUGGUCGUUUGGGGCAGUUCUGUAGCCAUCUUCCCCACACGUAUAAGGCUUCUCACCAGUGUUUUUCAUCACAUGACUUCCCACAGCCUGGACCGCCGGGAUUAUCGUACUCUGGACUGGGAUAA